CCAGUCUCAUCAUACCAUCACUACUACUACUACUACCACCACCACCAAUACUACUACUACUACUUGCCAUCUGAACUGCGUCCUCGUACCAUGGAUUAUUCCUGUGGACUCGGUCCGCAUUUGGGUGGAUCUCUCAGACGGGGAACGAAUAUUCGCCGAUCCAUUUCAUCCUCUAAAUACAUCGGAGGCAUUGACUGGCAUUUACGCACACAGUUUUUGGAACAGGCCAAAUGCCUGGAACUCAAACUAGAUAUCGAUUGUACAGUGCUGGCCGAGUUGCAAGAUUUCUACCGCCGCCGUGCUGUGGUCGAGCAAGACUAUGCAGAUGCUCUGGCUAAACUGGCGAACGGAGUCAAACAACGCCAUAUCAAUGAGACGUCUAAGUGA